AUUAAAGCUACUUCUACACAGUAAUCAGAAACUCAAACUCAAUGAGUGGUCAAACCACAGACAGGCAGCCCCUGUCCACUCACAAAGAAGAGCUGCUUACACUGAGCUGAGAGAGAGAGAGAGAGAGAGAGAGAGAGAGAGAGAGAGAGAGAGAGAGAGAGAGAGAGAGAGGGAGAACAGAUAGAGAGACAGAGGAGUACUGAAAACCUCCUUUAACUCUGAUCUCCCUCACAGACAGAAAACUCAGCUCAGACAGACGCAGAGCACAGACAGAACAGAGAGAGAGAGAGAGAGAGAGAGAGAGAUACACAGUAAUAACAGAGAGAGAGAGAGAGAGAGAGAGCCCUGCUGAGAGAUGUGCAGGUGUGUUUGCUCUCUGCUGCUGUUACUCAGCUUCUCCAGAACAUGCUGGGGCUCUUCAUCUGCCGAGACUCUGACUGUCCACCCUGGAGAAAAUGCCACAUUGCCCUGCGAUGUCCCCGGCAGCCCUCACAUGGCCUGGUAUCAGCAGAGCGACAACCAGCUGAAACUGAUCAUAUCGGUCAGGUGGACAAAAGCAAAGACAGAUAUUUUUGAGGAUUAUAAUCAAGACAGCAGCCACUUUCUGCCAGUCGCAGAGAGUCCAAACGACUCUGUGGGUCUGCAUAUCAUGGCUGUUGAACAGUCCGAUGUUGGGCUCUAUUACUGCACUGGUCAAUCCAGCAGAAAAUAUAUGAUUUUUGGAAAGGCCAUCCACCUGACUUUUCCAGGUGCAGAGAGAAUCGAGACAGGAACCGGACUCUGCUGGAAGCUGCUCAUCACCUCUGCCUGCAUCCUCGCUCUGGCGCUCCUGCUUUGCGUCAGCGGGCUUUUAUACAGACUCGGCCGUCCAUCGUCCUUCUGUACGAACUGUGUGAAACAGAACUCCAACCUGAAGGCGGCUGAUCUGCAUUACGCAAGUCUCAGACACACCGCAAAGAUCCAGGAGAGGCAGCCAGCACCUGCUGAACACAACGUGACCUACGAUGUGGUUGCCAAAAAGAUCCCAACCAAUCCUGGAGUUUAAGCUAAACACUCGUCUGUCUGUCAGAGUACAUCAUCUCUGUCGGAGAAAAACUUUGUAUCUUCAUUACUGCUUAUUUUAUUUUCUUGUAGAAUUUGAAAAUGCUUGCUGCCGUUUAUACUGUGUCAAAAUUUCACAAUGAACAGACAAAUAGAUUUGAAAUGUGUUACCAUCAACUUACACUGAAAGUUAGAAAUGUUUCUUCCUUCUCCUGUGAAGUUACUUUUUUGGAGAUGCAAGGUUUUGUUCCAUGAGCAGCGAUGUGUCUUUAUUAAUCAGUAUUAUAUAAGCUCAUACAGAAGCUGGUUCUUCUUCAACAAGAUUACAGAAAUCUUUAUUAGUAUCAUAUUGCAAUUUAUUACAUUGUUUU